AUGGUUCAGCUUCAUCCGCAGCAGUCCGAAGUCUCUAAUCUGUCAGCCGAAAACCAGUAUUUUGAGGCCUCGGACCAGCAAACUGAUAUUUCGUCAUCUUUGCCUAUGCCAACAGCCAGUGCAAGGACAUCAAGAGGCACAAGUUUCAGGACUAGUGGUGAUGAGAGCUCAUCAAUUGUGAAUAGAUCUUCCCAGACAUUAUACACCACGGAAAUUAAACCUGGAGAUGAUGAACUUAUCUUCACAAAGCGGGUGGUGCAUUCAAAAAGGAUAACUCUUGGAGCCGAGGUUGAAAAACCUUGGUUGAAAAGCAAAAGCAGAAAGAAGCUCAAAAUUAUCAACUACAUCGUUCUUCUUGGAUUCGUACUUGGUUUGGCUGUCAUUGGUGUACUAGGGUACUUUGCAUAUGCUGAUAUUUCAAACUUCAAGUUCUGUGAGGUACUAGUCGAUGAUUUCCUGGAAUUCAACAAGAAUGUAUGGGAAAGAGAAGUUCAAGUUGGGGGUUUCGGCACAGGUGCCUUUGACUGGACCACAGACCUGGACCGAAACUCUUUUGUGAAAAAUGGAAAACUCUUUAUUCUCCCAACACUUACUAAUGAGACUAUUGAUAACGAUGAUAUCUCAAACGGGUACACAGUGAACUUAACCACAGAUGGAACUUGUACAGGUUCUGGAGGAGCCCAAUGUUGGAUUAGGUCUAACUCAACUACUGGAGCAAUUAUUCCACCAGUGCAAAGUGCUAGGCUCAAUACUAAAAGCUCAGCAUCUAUAAAGUAUGGGAAAGUAGAGGUGCGUGCUAAACUUCCUAAAGGAGACUGGUUAUGGCCUGCAAUUUGGUUACUUCCGAAAAAUAACACUUAUGGGCCCUGGCCAGCUUCGGGUGAAAUUGAUAUCGCUGAAUCCAGAGGGAAUGGAGUGCAUUACCCUAUGGGUGGACAUGACGUUAUUUCCAGCAGUCUUCAUUGGGGCCCUGAUGUGGCACAAGAUCAGUAUCUUAGAACUACAUCCCAUAGUACCCAAAGAUUGGGUAUGUUUUCCAGCACAUUCCAUAUCUAUGGUUUGGAAUGGAAUGAGAAGUACAUCAAAAGCUAUAUCGAUGGUCGAUUAAGGCAAGUCCUCUACCAUGGUUUCAAAAAGCCUUUCUGGGACUUUGGACACUUUUCAACAACAUACCAAAAUGGUACUGUGAUCCAAAACCCUUGGCCACUCAACAACAAAAUCGCUCCUUUUGAUCAGGAAUUCUUUCUUGUUCUUAAUGUUGCGGUUGGAGGCACGAAUGGGUUUUUCCCAGAUUCAAUGGGUGACAAACCCUGGACAAAUGCCCAGGAGACUACUGCUCCUCGCUCGUUUUGGUCAGCCGUCUCUAGUUGGUAUCCAACAUGGCCACAGAAGGAAGAAGAUCGAGCACUUGUUGUGGAUUAUGUUAAAAUGUACAAGAUUUGUUCCACAGCUGAGAAGAAUCAAAAGAGAGACACCUUUCUAAAACCAUUUUCGUGGAUGGUUCCUUUUCUUAGAUUUAAGAAAUGA